AUGUUUACUACUACGAAUAAUGUAACAAUAUCGCCAUUAAAUUCACCGUGUGCAACAAUGGGAGGCUUCGAUGUGGAUUUCCAAACAGUAGAUUUGAUAGCAGUCUACCAUUUGGACAGAUCAAACACGACUGGCGUUACUCUCGUCCAAGGUUCUCAAGAUCUCCAAAGGGCGUACAGGAUAGGGGAUGGAGCAAAUCUAACUUUACCAUUAAGACAAGUAUUCCCCAACGGUCUGCCAGAAUAUUUCAGCGUGAUAGGUACAUUUAAUUCCCACAAUCACCGCAGACCUUGGAGUCUGGUUCGCGCUAGAUCACAAACACUACAGUUCUCUUUAACGCUUCUGCCGAAUGUCAGGAAAUUUUCCGUUUUCGUACAAAACUCGCGAGUGGUUUUCAACAGUCCAGAACUUUUCAGACCAGGAUGGCACAAAAUACACGUCGCCAUUACAAAUGAUACAGUUUACGCUGCUGUAGAUUGCGUUGAGCUAGAACCGGAAAGUAUAAGUCAGCACGAUUUCAACAACGCGACGCACAUAACCAUCGUGACUAAUGACGACGGUACACCAGCUCCGAUAGACCUUCAAUGGUUAUCACUGAGCUGCAACCGUUACAACAUCACAGACGAGAGUUGUGAGGAAAUCGAAAUACCAGAACGAUUGAUUGCAACUGUACCGCCUUUUUAUUUUUGUUAUUUUUUUUUCCUGGUGUACAAUAAAGCAUAUGUAAUACCUAUUAAUUUAUUCCAGUUUCCACUUCUGGCGAAUGGAAAUCAGUAUCCCGAGCCGAUUUGUAAUCAAACGUGUCCAGCGGGCCCCGAAGGACCUCCAGGGGAGAAAGGGGAACAAGGCCCCAGGGGCUACACAGGACUACCGGGAGUUCGUGGCCAGGAAGGGCUCCCUGGACUUGAUGGAGCUCCUGGCCUUAAGGGGGAGAAGGGAGAAAGGGGCCUACCGGGGAAUGCUGAAAAUGUGACGGUAAUACCUGGUCCUCCAGGAUUACAAGGUCCACAGGGCCCUAAAGGAGAUAAGGGCGAUCAAGGAUUUAAAGGUGAACCAGGUGAAGUUGGGCUUGUUGGAUUGUCUGGACUGCCAGGAGUUGAUGGGAGAAACGGACCUCCUGGGCCCCCUGGUCCUGUGGGGCCCCGUGGUGAACCAGGCCCUAUGGGCCCUCCAGGACUAACGUCUAACGUUAACGUCCCAGUAACACGAGGUAUGAAGGGUGAAAAGGGUGCUCCAGGUAAACCUGGUAGGGAUGGGGAGCCUGGAGCAAGAGGACUGCCUGGACUUUCUGGAGCUGCUGGUAUACCAGGAAUACAGGGGCCGCCAGGUUCACCUGGUAUUCCAGGUGAAAGAGGCUUGCCUGGUCUACAAGGAACUCCGGGAGAGAGAGGGCCAGAAGGACCGCCAGGUCCCGAAGGCCAAAGAGGACUACCAGGAGAACCCGGGCCUCCUGGUAUUAGUACAGCAUCUUCUGUCGUGAGCUUGCCAGGACCACCUGGUCCUCAAGGGGAGAAGGGACAGAAAGGAGAAAGUGGCCUGCCAGGUAUUCCGGGUAGAAAUGGAAUAGACGGAAUACCGGGUGUGCCCGGACAAAGAGGACUGCCAGGGCUGCCAGCACCCAGUAGCGUUAUUACUCAGGCACCGUCUAUAUCAGAGAGCGAGAUUCGUUACAUCUGCGAAGAUCUGAUCAGAGAGCGAUUUAAAGAGCUGGCAGCGUCUAUUGUAUUGCCGACUGCAGUGUCGGCUGUGGGGAAGAGAGGGCCGCCGGGCAGACCCGGGCCGCCGGGAAAUAAUGGUAUACCAGGUGAACCAGGUCUUAUGGGCCCACGCGGUUAUCCUGGAGAAACAGGUGAACCUGGCAAACCAGGUCCACCAGGCUUGAGAGGAGAUAAGGGUGAUAAAGGGGAGAGAGGAGCUGACGGGGUCGGAAUGCCAGGACCUGAAGGUCCCGGAGGAUUACCUGGACCAAUGGGACCACCCGGGCCAGAAGGAAGAACUGGUGACAGUGGCUCUCCUGGGAGAGAAGGUCCAAUAGGCCCCAGAGGAUUUCCAGGCCCUAGAGGUACCUGUGAGUGCCCCAGCGCCGCGUACUACGCGUACUCGCCCCUAGGGAACAAUAAGGGCCCCUAAUUGUGUUCAUAAACUUUGCUCCAAUAUUGUAAAUUAAGUUUCAUAUACACAUACUGUAAAUGUUAUUUUUUAGACGAACGUACUUAAGUUUAUUUGAAAUAAAAUAUUGAAAAAUA